AUGAAAACCAAGACAAUUUUCCAGCUUGUUGCCCUUUUCGCCAUUGGAGCCACGGCCGCCCCAACCGGUUGUGGUGAAACAAGAGACAUCCAAGCCGAGGCCGUUAAGCCUAGAGAUGUCGCAGCCUCCCAAACUUUACACUUGGACGCCCGCAGUGAUAUCAUCAAGGGCGGCUCCUCAAACCUUGAACGUCGUGAGAUAUGGUAUUGGUGCCGAAUUGGCAACUGCAACGCGGCUUUCAAAAGCCUAGCGGCUAGGUGCCGCCAUGAGAAGACAGCGGUGCAUAUCGCCCCGGAGAGCGACAGCGACUCCGAAUGA